CCUAGUUUCCCUCCCUCGCCUCACCCUUAACCUCUCUGCUGCGUUUGCUUCUCCUCCACCCAUCCACAAACGAACACACACUUUGAUUGAGAAUGGGGCGUGUUCGCACAAAGACAGUGAAGAAGUCCUCGCGGCAAGUGAUCGAGAGGUACUACUCUCGCAUGACGCUGGACUUCCACACGAACAAGAAGGUUCUGGAAGAGGUGGCCAUCAUUCCCUCCAAGAGGCUCCGCAACAAGAUCGCGGGAUUCUCCACCCACCUCAUGAAGCGGAUCCAGAAGGGUCCCGUACGUGGAAUCUCCCUCAAGCUGCAGGAGGAGGAGCGCGAGCGCCGCAUGGACUUCGUCCCCGAUGUCUCCGCCAUCAGAACCGACCAGAUCGAGGUCGACAAGGAGACGCUCGACAUGCUCGCCGCCCUCGGAAUGUCCGAGGUUCCCGGGGUUGUUCAGGUGGAUCCUGUUGCUGUCCAGGCACCGCUCGGCUUCGGCCGCGGCGCCGGAAGGAGGUACUAGUUGCCGCCUUUGAGAGUUUUGGCCGUGUUGUUUACUAGAGCACUAAUUUGUUAUGCGUUGAAGUUUGGUUUUACAUUAGUUUUGGAUUGUUGGACUCGUUAAAGUUGUUAAUGGAAUUUGUUUUGUUUUGCUUAUAAUUCUUGUUGCGUGAUAUGGUUAGAAUUGUUUGGAGUAAUGGAACUAGUAGCAUAGUUUGAUUCCUGCGCUGUAACACCGUCUAGGAUGUUUAGGAUUUGGUUGUGUCGUGCCUAUUAUAAUCUAUGAUGAGUUUUGCACA